AUGCGCAAAUUUGCUAAUCUUGACGUGUUGAUUUCGUUGUUGCAAGGCGAAAGACUUUCUGAUAACAGUUCUACUUCUUUGGUAAGCAUUAUUCAGCCCAUUGUUCUCGAUCAGCUGACGUUUGACCAGCAAUUGGCCGCCGUACAAUUAGCCGACAUUUUCAUGGGUAUCCAUGGGGCUGGUCUUUCUCACACCCUCUUUCUGCAGCCGGGUUCCUGCCUUGUUGAGUUCAGGCCUCCUGGUUGGACAGCGAACCCUCAUUUCAUGAAAAUGGCUGAAUGGCGCAGCAAUUCAGCUCAGGACCGGCGUCUACCAGAGCAGGAAUCCACGACUAGUCGCCAGGACGGUAUCGCAUACUUCUCACUGAUCGACGGUAUUUCCGACUUAAAUGGGGAUGGAGAGUACUAUACAAUCCAGCCGACUCUUUUUUUGCAGACUGUUCGCCAGGCAGUCACUUAUUGGGAUCUCAAGCAUUCUGCAUAG